AGCAAUGAUUUAGUGGUCUUUCGAUGUAUCCUGCCUGUCAAAGGCUUUUCUGAAGACACAAUGUUGGAGGGGCUGGUGUGGCUGGCAACAAAACUGUCACAGGAGUGUACCGAGAAUAUACAGGGAAAAAGCAUCAGCUGCAGCACCCCAGCCACACUGCCCCAGCUCUGCUCAAAGGCUGCAGUGCUGCUGAAUUGCCACCUACUGCUCAGACUUCAGGAGGGGCAGGUCUGACUUCUUUAUGCACAAGGGCAUAUUUAACCAUUUACAUGUAAAAUACACGUACAGCACACAACACAGCUCUGCUGUCCCCCAGAGCAGUACGCUCAGACAUUGCAGUGUGGUCCAACGCUGCCAUCAUUCUCCAGGCCUGCUUUUUGGUGAGUCUUUAUCCUCCGAUUGUUGCUAAGGUGUGAGCUCCUGGCUAGGCAGCACAGCAGUAGCAAUGGAAAUCUGUUCAGAGGCCCAGAACCGGUUUGUAGGGUCGAAUUUAAUGCUAAGCACAGCUUGGACUUGUUAAGUAAGACACCCUCUGGGUGAAAUGGCUGUCAGUAAAAGAGCACACAGACCUCUCACACAAGGAAAAUGUUGUUUGUAAAAUCUUGAUUGUAUUACUCUGGGAGAGAGCGUCCUUUGCUUCCACGCUGCUGCUGCAUACACUGAUGGGGCAGAGUGGCCUGUUGCUGCUGGAAAAGAAUGAAGAACCUAGUGUGAAAUGGAGGACAGUAACGGUGAGGGGGUGGCUGUGUCCUAAUUUCAAACACUGCUCACGUUUUCUUUAGUUCUUGCUUGCACUUGUGUUAAUAUACCUUCACCUAGAAAACACGAUUUAAAAAAAGGGAAUUACAUAGUGUGAGGGUUCACUUUUGGCAUGGUCAAACCGGGCUCCUGAAGUGAAAUAGCGCUAAAGCUUAGCAGUAGGAGCUGCUUUGGAACAGCAGCAGUUGUAAAUGCUGGAGAACGCCGGUCUUACGUGCCAGAGCACCCAGAAAGGAAAGCCACCUGCUUUCACAGUUCAGCCCAUGCCUGAUGUCACAAGUCUGUGACAUCGCAACCGCUGCCACCAGGCCCCUGGGUGGGCUUCCCUCUGUCCACUCGUGCUGAGCCCGGGAGGAGUGGAGGCAGAGCGAUGCUGCUGAGGAGCACUUCCAGCCCCAGCUGCACCCACGCCAUGGCUGUGCAGAACAGGCCCACAGCGAAGGCAGCGCCAGAGAAAAGCCACUCGAAACCAGUCAGGGACAGGCACGCGUCAAAGACCAAGGGUUACCUAGAGGUGGUGAAGCAAACUGAAGCUGUAGUCGUGGACAUGGGCACGGGUUACUUCAAGUGUGGCUUCGCAGGGGAGCCGUGGCCUUCCCAUAUCGUUUCCUUGGUUGGUAACCACCCACAGGAAGCCAAGGGCAAACCAGAAGAAACCUUCAUUGGCAGAGUGCUCCAGGACACCUGUGUGCCCUUAAAUCUCAUCAGCCCGUUAACGCACGGCGUGGUGGUGGACUGGCAGUCUGUCCAGGAUAUUCUGCAGUAUAUUUUCCAGACGGAGAUGCAGAUCUGCCUGGAGGACCACGCCGUCCUGCUGUCAGUGCCUCCCCUGUGCUCCAUGGCUGACAAGAAGAAAUACGCGGAGCUGAUGUUUGAAGGCUUCCACGUGCCCGCCGUGCACCUCGCCUACCAGUCCCAGCUGUCCAUGUACUCUUACGGGAAAACCUCGGGUCUGGUGGUGGAGAGUGGCCACGGUGCUUCGCACGUGGUUCCCAUCUACGAAGGCUACGUGCUGCGCAGCGUUACGGGCAGCGUCGAUUACGCUGGCCUGGACAUCACAAACUACCUCAUGCAGCUACUAAACGAGUCUGGGUACACGUUCACGGAGAACCAGCGGAGCAUCAUUGAAGACCUCAAAGAGAGGUGUUGCUACACUUCUCUGGACCUCAUGCAGGACUUGAAUCUGCCUCUGAAGAAACAACAAGCUGACUACGAGCUGCCGGACGGGCACCUCAUCACGGUCGGCAAAGAGAGAUUCCUGUGUGCCGAAGCGCUCUUCAAACCAUCCCUGCUGGGGUCGCAGCAACCCGGGCUGCCGCAGCUGACGCUCGGCUGCCUCGAGAAGUGCGACGCUGACAUCAACAAGAAGCUGGUGAGGAACGUCCUGCUGUGUGGCGGCAGCACCAUGAUGGAAGGCUUUCCUGACCGCUUCCAGAGUGAACUCAGCAAGAUGUGGCCCAGCGACAACGUCCUCAUCACGGCGUCACCUCAGAGGAAGUCUUCUGUCUGGGUUGGUGGGUCCAUCCUGGCCUCGCUCCGCUCCUUCCAGAAGCUUUGGGUUUACAGGAAGGAGUAUGAAGAGUGGGGUCCUUCCUGCAUUUUUAAGAAGUGCUUCUGACAGGGGCACUGGGUAUCUUAAAACUAUUUUUGAAAAGGGUACGUGAUUCAGUUCAAGAGCAUCUCCCCUCUACCCCUUGCUGUGGUUACAUUAAAAGAUUUUUGCUACAGCUA